AUGAUGUCGACAAAUCGAGUAUUUCUGAUUAUGGAUGAACAAGAAGAGAAACAUGAUCAACCAUGGUCAUCAUAUCAUAUCGAGACUUCCAAAAGAUUAGAAGUUAUACAAGAAAGACUUCAAACAACGGGACUUUACGCUGACCUGAGAAUUGAGAAACUUUCUAGAAGAGAAGCAAGCGAAGAAGAAAUACGGGGAGUGCACACAGAGAGAUAUGUCAAGGAUGUGAAAGAAACUGAGACAAUGACAAAGCAGCAACAAGAACAAUUCUGUACAAAGUAUGAAGAUAUUUUUGUGAAUUCUGCUACCUGGAAACGCGCAAAGCUAGCUGCUGGAAGUGCGAUUGAUUUGGUUACUGCAGUGACCAGUCAUAAGAUGCCUGGGAUCGCUUUUAUUCGGCCUCCUGGUCAUCAUGCUAUGCCUGACGAAGGAUGCGGAUUUUGUAUUUUCAAUAAUGUUGCAAUUGCUGCGAAGGAAACUCUCCGGAAUGGAACGGCUAAGAGAGUAAUGAUUGUGGACUAUGAUGUUCAUGCUGCAAACGGAACACAAGAAUGUAUCGAGUCAAUGGGAGAAAACGUUCGCCUGAUAAGCAUUCAUCGAUAUGAAAAUGGUACAUUCUGGCCAAACAUGCCUCAAACAGGAAUUUAUCAUAACUAUAACAAUACGAUGAACUUACCAUUAAACACAACUGCUUUGAAUGAUUCGGACUACCUUGCUUUGUUCACUUAUAUCAUUCUUCCGUCAAUUAAUAGUUACAAACCUGACGUGAUUAUUGUAUCAUCUGGAUUCGAUGCAUCCCUUGGUGAUCCGGAAGGUUAUAUGAAUGUCACUCCUGCCGGAUUCGCUACGAUGAUACGGUUGUUGAUGAAUACUGGUAUCCCCGUAGCCGCUAUUCUAGAAGGUGGUUAUUUUCUGGAAGCUUUGGCUGCUGAUUCGGAAUGGGUGUUACGAGCAAUGCUGGGUGAACCGAUCCCCCAAAUAAAAUUGGAAAUAAUCAAUCCAUCGAUUGCGGAUACUAAGCUUCAAGAGCUUCGAAGUAUUCUUGGUCACAAGCUGAUCAGAGAAGAGAAACAAGACUUAAAUGACUACAAAGGACAACGAACAGUACAUCCGCCAUAUGAUACUCGUGGUAUCUACACUCCGUUCAGUGAAGAAAAAGUCAACUCAUAUAAGCGAGAAUUGGAGUCACUUCUUCAAAGUUAUCAAGUUAUCGAGGAAACUUGUGAUACUGACUCAUAUUUUAUCAGAUCAGAAUCGAAGAAUGUAAUUGAAAACAAUUCGUUUUUUAUUCAAAAUGGUAAACUGUCGAUUGGUCCUGGAAAAGUUGCAAAACUUUUCUUCGAGCUUGCUUUCUUGUCUUCUGUAACCCCACAUAUUACCUUAAGCUCAUUUCUAGACGUUGAUGAUAAAGAUUUUUCUUCAAUCAGGUUUGGCGACGGGUUUGCAGUCUUUAAAGAUAUUAUUGACUUUCAAAAAUCGCCCAUUUUGCAAUUGUAA